AUGUCACUUUCUGAAUCAUGCGAUUUAUUCGCUGCAAAUGAUGGUAUUCCGGAGUUGACAAUCAAAAAUGAAAGAUUGAUUGAGACGAUUCAUGAGACUGCAGAUCUCUUUGGGGCUAAAUACAGCUGGGGACCAUUGGCAACUGACACUGGCGUGUGUCGUCUUGCCUUGUCUGACGAGGACAAAGGGAUGAGGGACUGGUUUGUAAAGGAAGCAGAAAAAGCAGGAUGUGGCAUUGCUAUCGACGAUAUGGGGAAUAUUUUUGCAAUUUAUCCGGGACGGAAAAACGGUCUUCCUACCGCGAUUGGUUCGCAUUUAGACACUCAACCCACUGGUGGUCGAUACGAUGGAAUCUAUGGUGUAUUGAGUGGACUUGAGGUGGUGCGAACAUUGAAAGAUAAUGAUUAUGUUCCAGAGUAUCCAAUUGCAGUAGUUAGUUGGACCAAUGAAGAAGGUGCCAGGUUUCCAAUGAGCAUGAUGGCGUCCACAGUUUGGGCAAAUCCUGCUAAAAAAGACGAAAUUUACAAUUUAACUUCCGUCACAGAUACCAAACCUGUCACCGUGAAGCAUGAAUUGGAAAGGAUUGGUUAUUUGGGUCCUUUUAAGUGUUCUUUCGAAGGUAUGGGCUUGGCAGCCCAUUUCGAGCUUCAUAUUGAACAAGGGCCAAUUCUUGAAACAGAGAAAAAGGAAAUCGGAAGAGUGCAGGGAAUUCAGGCUUUGAAAUGGAUAGAAGUUUCCAUCAAGGGAAAAGCCCAGCACACUGGAACAACUCCCUUUGCUUCCAGGUCCGAUGCACUUCUUGCAGCAUCCAAAUUUAUGGUCAAGGGAAACGAAAUUGCCGCCCUUCAUGAUGGAUUGUUCAGUGUCGGAAUUUUGGAAGUCCUUCCAGGGGUUGUUAAUGUUGUACCACAGGAAGUGAAAUUCGUGAUGGAUAUAAGGCAUCAUUGUGAUGAAGAACUUGAUGACAUGUAUCUGGAGACCUUAAAGGCAUUUCAAGAGAUAGCACAGCUAUCAGGAAAGAAGCUAUGCUUUGAAGUGAAACAUUUGGUGAACCAGAAGGCAGUGUUUUUUGAUGAAGCUUGUAUGGAUUGCAUCAAAAGGUCAGCAGAUCAAGUGGUUGGAAUAGAUCAGUCAAUUCCAAUUGUCAGUGGAGCAGGUCACGAUUCAGGCCUUGUUGCUGCUAGAUGUCCGACAGCAAUGAUAUUCAUUCCUUCAAGAGAUGGCGUGUCUCACAACCCAGAGGAGUAUAGCACCCCUCAGCAAGUGCAAAAUGGUUUCAAAGUUCUUCUUGGUGCCGUUUUGAGGUAUGAUAAACUCAGAUCAAAGUAA